AGACCUGCAGAGAAAGGGGUGCGAUAGGCAAAGGCACCAUGCCUCUGCGGGAUGAAACCCUCCGAGAGGUGUGGGCUUCUGACAGUGGGCACGAAGAAGAAAGCCUGAGCCCGGAGGCCCCACGGCGCCCCAAACAGCGACCGGCCCCGGCACAGAGGCUAAGGAAGAAGAGGACAGAGGCCCCCGAAUCCCCCUGCCCCACGGGAUCCAAGCCCCGGAAGCCCGGAGAGGAGAAGGAGGAAGAGGAGGACGAGGAUGACGAGGAAGAGGAGGCUGAGGAAAAGAAAGAGAAAAUCCUUCUGCCUCCCAAGAAGCCCCUGAGAGAGAAGAGCUCUGCAGACCUGAAGGAGAGGAGGGCCAAGGCCCAGGGCCCAAGGGGAGACCCAGGAAGCCCUGACCCCCCACCGAAACCUCUGCGUGUUAGGAAUAAGGAAGCCCCAGCAGGGGAGGGGACCAAGAUGAGAAAGACCAAGAAGAAAGGAUCUGGGGAGGCCGACAAGGACCCCUCAGGGAGCCCAGCCAGUGCGAGGAAGAGCCCAGCAGCCAUGUUUCUGGUUGGGGAAGGCAGUCCUGACAAGAAAGCCCUGAAGAAGAAAGGCACUCCCAAAGGCGGGAGGAAGGAGGAAGAAGAGGAGGAGGAGACAGCUACGGUGACAAAGAACAGCAAUCAAAAGGGCAAAGCCAAAGGAAAAGGCAAAAAGAAAGCGAAGGAGGAGAGGGCCCCGUCUCCCCCCGUGGAGGUGGACGAACCCCGGGAGUUUGUGCUCCGGCCUGCCCCCCAGGGCCGCACGGUGCGCUGCCGGCUGACCCGGGACAAAAAGGGCAUGGAUCGAGGCAUGUAUCCCUCCUACUUCCUGCACCUGGACACGGAGAAGAAGGUGUUCCUCUUGGCUGGCAGGAAACGAAAACGGAGCAAGACAGCCAAUUACCUCAUCUCCAGCGACCCUACCAAUCUGUCCCGAGGAGGGGAGAAUUUCAUCGGGAAGCUGAGGUCCAACCUCCUGGGGAACCGCUUCACGGUCUUUGACAACGGGCAGAACCCACAGCGUGGGUACAGCACUAAUGUGGCAAGCCUUCGGCAGGAGCUGGCAGCUGUGAUCUAUGAAACCAACGUGCUGGGCUUCCGUGGCCCCCGGCGCAUGACCGUCAUCAUUCCUGGCAUGAGUGCAGAGAAUGAGAGGGUCCCCAUCCGGCCCCGAAAUGCUAGUGACGGCCUGCUGGUGCGCUGGCAGAACAAGACGCUGGAGAGCCUCAUUGAACUGCACAACAAGCCACCUGUCUGGAACGAUGACAGCGGCUCCUACACCCUCAACUUCCAAGGCCGGGUCACCCAGGCCUCAGUCAAGAACUUCCAGAUUGUCCACGCUGAUGACCCCGACUAUAUCGUGCUGCAGUUCGGCCGCGUGGCGGAGGACGCCUUCACCCUAGACUACCGGUACCCGCUGUGCGCCCUGCAGGCCUUCGCCAUCGCCCUCUCCAGUUUCGACGGGAAGCUGGCCUGCGAGUGACCCCAGCAGCCCCUCACCGCCCCCAGAGCCCGUCAGCGUGGAGGAAAGGAUUCAGUGGAGGCUGGCAGGGUCCCUCCAGCAAAGCCCCCGCGGAAAACUGCUCCUGUGUCGGGGCUGACCCCUCACUGCCUCUCGGUGACCUCCGUCCGCUCCCCAGCCUGGCACGGGCCGAGGCAGGAGGAGCCCGGACGGCGGGUAGGACGGAGAUGAAGAACAUCUGGAGUUGGAGCCGCACAUCUGGUCUCGGAGCUCGCCUGCGCCGCUGUGCCCCCCUCCUCCCCGCGCCCCAGUCACUUCCUGUCCGGGAGCAGUAGUCAGUGUUGUUUUAACCUCCCCUCUCCCCGGGACUGCGCUAGGGCUCCGAGGAGCUGGGGUGGGCUAGGAGGAGGGGGUAGGUGAUGGGGGACGACGGCCAGGCACCCACAUCCCCAAUAAAGCCGCGUCCUUGGCCAAGCGGAGCGGUGGUUCCUCAGCGCGUGCGGAGAACUAGGCGGCAGGAGGCGUCCGAGGCGCGGGCUGGAAGCCUCAACCUCCGCCCCACUCCCGCCCAGGCCCCGGGCGCUCCCGCGUCCCCUCCCCGCGCCCGUCGCGGGUCCUACCGAAACU